CUUUGACGUCUGACCUAGACUGAUUAGCGCUGGUUAACACAGCAUAUCGUUUACUCAGUCAACUACGUAAAGUUGAUGAGAUCUGUCGUGUUGUUCAACAUGUUUAAAUUGUUUGUCUUCCUCGCUUUUACUGUUGCGACCUGCUAUGGGGCGCAAGGACAAGGCGUCCUUUGUGGUCCUCUGCCCAGGAGGUUGACCAGAUGUCUCAAUAUGGCGCCUGCAAUCAGCGGCGAGAUCCAAGACAAAUGCCAUGAAUCACGCACUGCCACCGAGUGUGAAAGACUGACGUGUAUCUUCCGGGAGUACAAUCUUCUUGACGGUACAACAGUCAACAAGGACAGGACCAAUGCCUUCCUGGACAACUACGUGAAGCAAUACCCGGUCUGGACUACGGCUGUCCAGCACGCGAAGGCUGCCUGUUUGGGCGACGUUGCUCUGAAGCCUCAGGGCAUUGACCUCAACUGCCCCAUCUACGAUACCUUGCAGUGUAUCUUCAGUAACCUGAUCAAGCACGCGAUUCCAUCCCAGUGGUCUACCACAUCAGAGUGUCAGGGGUACCGCGCCUUCGCUGCAGCGUGCCCCAUCUGUCCUGAAGACUGCUUCGCGGCCCAGGUGCCCAUCGGCUCCUGUAACGCUUGCCUGACGCUGCCACGCAGCGCCUAGAGUUACUGU